AUGAUUUCUACAAUGGUCCGCCCGGAGGACGCCAUUAGGAUGCCUCGUUCAUACCGAACCGACGUGGAUGAGGAGGAUAUUAGCAGGCGAACUCCGGAACAGAACACCCUCUCUUCUUCGUCCUCCUCUUCUAACAACGAAGUGGCGGCAAAAAGCGAGGACGAGGUUGCAUUGGUGAACGGGUCCGCUGGUGAUGGUCGCAGCAGUAGCCUGGGAAAACAUCAGACGGGCCCCCGUCUUUUGUCACCUGACGAAACUAUUGAACUGGCGCGCCGAGCAGUGGAAAAUGGUAUUCAAGAGACUAAACGCUCCCUAGCAGGUAGUGAGGCAGUCAGCGAUGUGGUGAAGCCAAAAUUGACCAUCGACUUGGGCCAUUCCAACAUUGUCCGUAUACCCGAAGCGGUAGUGGACAUCAUCAAGGAUGAAGUUGAACGCCUCUCGCUAUCGAAUAAUCACCUUUUCCAUAUACCCUACCGAUUCGCGGAAUGUUCCCAUCUCCGAUAUCUCAAUAUUCGUGCGAAUAGUUUUCGAGAAUUUCCCAAGGGGGUAUACAAAUUGCCGCUUCUUGAGAUCCUAGAUAUCAGCCGCAACAAGAUCGGCCACCUCCCGGAGGAGAUCAAGAAAUUGUCCUCACUCCGGGUUCUAUCGGUAAUGCAGAACCGCCUUGAUGAUUUGCCUCUGGGAAUCUCCGACAUGAACAAACUUCAAAUUCUCAAAGUAGCUGGGAACCCCUUGCGGGGCCCCCUGCGACGGCUACUCGAGACGUCUGAGACAGAGUUCGCCCCCUCGACAAUGACGGACAAUGAGAAGGAGGUCGCGGUUACUGCCGAGCUGAAGCGAUUCUUGAAAACCAAGCAGCCUGUUACGACUCUGGAAGUGGAGAGGAACGAGCUCAGCGAGGGCAUGUUGGACACCCCCAAACCCGUCAAGCGCGGAGUGAGCAGUCGGUUUCCGGUGAUCCCCAGCACCGGUGAUCUUUCUUCCGACCCAAAGUCACCGUCCUUGUCUCGACCUCCGCCCAUACCUCUCAAAUCACACUAUCGCAUUGCUUCGGGACAGUCGGUCUUCCAGGGCGGGUUUCUCCCACGUUCCGGCGCAAGGCCCAUCGCGGGAGUCAAUGAACGAAACCGGAGCAACAGUGAAGGUAUCAUCCAGGCCUCUCUGGCCGCGCGUAACAAGCGGAUGGGAGUCAUUCGGAAGAAUACCGACUUAGGGACGUUGGACGAGACCCGACCGUAUCGGAACAGUCAUUUACGGGGUUUGAGUUAUGGCUCUAUUCUUCGCACCCGGCCCAUUGCAGCCGUGUGCAACAGUAACUCCUCAAGCCCCAGUAGCCCGAGGGAACGCAGGCGCUUAAAGGAUGGUUUUGUCAACCGAAUGUCGAGUCUGCCAGAACAUAAGGGCGAAAGGGAAACCGCGGAACCUAUCAUCGAGUGUGCGAAAGGUAUUCUUUUUGCACUCUUCCAAGUGCAGUCGAAUGUUUCGUCUCUGAUCAAUGUGAUCAAACGCGAUGAUGCUCGGCGCAACAGUCUCGAGAUCGUCUUCUACAACGCUUCUACCCACGUUGAACGGUUAAAUGAAGCCAUAGAAAAUGCGGAGCACCAUUCUGACGACGUGGAUGGGGUGCGCUCGUCGAAUGAGGCUGUCAAAAGGGAAUGCGAAACAUGCAUAAUUGCGUACACUCAUGUCGGAACGCAACUGCGCAAUAGCAUCGACAAGAUAGUUGCCAAUGGUGACCCACGCUACUUGCGUUCCUUGAUGCUCAUGAUCUUUGGCAGCGUGGUUGAACUACGCAAUGCCUGUGCGAGCCUGGGUAUCCCACUCCAAACCCGCAAGCCCCCCUCUGUCACGAAGCCAUCUAUACCUGAAAUCAAAGAAUCGGCUAGCUCGGACCGCUUCCUUGGACCCACAGUCACUCCAACCAGGGGGAGAGAGAAUUCUUUGUCGACGCGUCGGUUGCGAAGUGACACCACAAUCCAGCACCCUCAGAUCACUACGACCGGUCCUUUCCAGGCUGCUCAAAACUACCAGUCCGCUGUCAGUUCACCUGGGUUUGCUCCGACUCCGUUUAGCUAUGGGACACGAAGUCGGUCAAGUAGCAGAUCUAAUCAUAUCAACACAUCCGUACCGUCGUCACUCGCGACCCCUCGUUCAGGCGAGUCAUUCCCUCCAAUGCCCAGUGCAGUUGUACCUCGAAUCAAUCCUUUGACAGGCUUAGAUGAGAUCGAGGAGGAGCGGAUUUUUGAAAAGAUUUUCUAUCAACUCACUUCUGCCUACACCGCUGCCCUACAAGCCUUGCCUUUGGCGCGCCGUCAGCUAGUGCGAUGCCAUGAGGUAGCGGAGCAGGAACAUGAAUCGGAAGGCAUAUUAAUGCUAUGGAACAAUCUCAUUCGGCGGUGCCGGGUAUGCUUAGAAGUAUCCGAGGCCCUGGGUCUUCGUCUCUCCAACAUGAAGGUAAAAGAGCCCGGCGGCGGGAUGCGGAACCAGCGCGAGUUCUGGCAACUCUGCAAGGCGUUCAUGCAGUCCUUUGUCGAUCUAGUUACCGACAUGAGGGAGGUUCGAAGUAUGCAGCUUCUUCCGGGUGAUAUUAUUGUCAUACUUCGUCCAGUCCAGAGAGCAAGCAGAGAAGCAGGUCGGUUGAUCGAUGCCUCCCCGUGGUCUUACCUUGCCGAUAUGGCCCCAGCCAACGCGUCAGCAACCAUAUACGGGCCUCCGCUACAAUCCCAACAUUCACAGCACCAGAAUACCGCAUCCAAUGCAAGCAGCUUUCAUCUGAACUCCGGCGUAUCCCCGCAGUCCGUUCAUCUGCCGGCAACUCCGCUAAGUGCUGCCCUUGGACCAGCCGCGCAGGCAACCGUGCCUUCUACCCCCGCAAGUGCGUACAGUGACAAAUUCUUCGAAGGGGAUGUGUUUCAGAGAGCUGACUCGUUGCUCUCGAUGCCCAAUCAGGCGCCAUUUUUCAGUCGUCGGUGA